AGCAUUUCUGAUCCUGAUCGAUGCAUCGACCAUCUCAUGGCAGCUUUUAACCUCACCCCCUUUGACCCUUCAACACUCAUCCUAGCAGGCAUCCCUGGCCUGGAAGCUGCCCACAUCUGGAUUUCCAUCCCUUUAACUAUGGUCUACAUUAUCGGCCUUUUUGGACAUUCCAUGAUUCUGUUUGUUGUAGGCAAAGAGAAGACUCUGCACAAGCCGAUGUACCUGCUGCUCUGCAUGCUGGCGCUCACAGACAUUGCCACACCUACCUUCAUUGUGCCGAAGGCACUGUGUAUCUUUUGGUUCAAUUUGAAAGGCAUUACUGUGGGUGGCUGCCUCACCCAGAUGUUCUUCCUUCACACAUCUUCUGUGAUGCACUCAGCCAUCCUAGUGACAAUGGCCUUCGAUCGCUACAUUGCCAUUUGCAACCCUCUGAGAUACACCACCAUCCUCACCAAUGCACGAAUAGCUAAGCUAGGGCUCGUGGGUUUGAUGAGAGCUGUUCUCUGCACUCUGCCUCUGCCCCUGCUCCUGAGCAGGCAGCCAUUCUGUGCCAACCGCAUUAUCCCCCAUAUGUUCUGUGACCACAUAGCCGUGGCAAAGACGUCGUGUGGGGACAUCACAGUAAACAGGAUGUACGGCUUGGUGGUAGCAAUUGUAGUCAUCGGGUUAGACCUGACACUCAUUGUCCUGUCCUAUGGUCUGAUCAUUAGGGCUGUCCUCAGAAUCUCCUCCAAGGGAGCCUACCAGAAAGCCCUCAACACCUGCACAGCCCACAUCUUUGUGAUGCUGACGUCCUAUCCUCCCUUCCUCUUCUCCAUUCUGACACACCGGUUCGGUCAGGGCAUCGCCCCCCAUGUUCUCAUCAUCUUGGCCAACCUCUAUUUCCUCCUUCCCCCCAUGCUCAACCCUAUCAUUUAUGGGAUCAAAACGAAAGAGCUUCGUGACAAAGUGGGCAAAUACACCUGCAGAAGCUGCUCGCCUGCAUCCACUGACUCGAAUCUGACAUGA